ACACACGAACACACACACACACACAAACACAAAAUAGUCUGGUAGCGUUAGCGACGCCCCCAAAAACACAUGCAAAUACGAAUUGGCAGAGAAGGAUGAUGUACUGAGCGUCUCUUUCCUUUGAUUGAAACAUGGGGAAAUCCCUCUGAAGAACACUUAAACAGUUUCGUCAAACAAAAAGUUCUACGUUAGAAUGCAGAAAUAAUUUGACUCCAAUUUCGGCAACAGUACUUCGGCUCGGCAGAUUAUGCACUAGCCUACAUGUUGAACUCAUCGGAUGAAGAGAGCUAUUAGCUGUAAAAUUCCAGACGAAAUAAAUAUCAAACGAGAUGCCUCAACUAGACCCUCCAUCUUUCAGUCCCGAAUUUAUCACUUCCCUUCAAUCGUCAAGAUAUUAUAUUGAUGAGCUCGGUAGUAACAAUCUACGUGGAGCUGGAUUUCCAGGCUUAAAGAAGAGAGGUCACAAUCUUGGAAGCCGGUCUUGGAUAUUGAUUGAUUGCAAAGGGGAUUCCAAAACUAUGGAGCUGGAUAAGUUUACUCUAAUGAGGCGUUGCUCUUUGCCUUCUAGAGAUUUGAGGCUUUUGGAUCCUUUAUUUAUAUAUCCCUCCUCAAUAUUAGGUCGUGAGAAAGCUAUUGUUGUCAGUCUUGAGCAGAUUAGAUGUGUAAUCACAGCCGAUGAGGUUAUACUGAAGAACUCUUUGGAUGGGUCCGUACAACAGUACAAAUCUGAAUUGUGCAAGCGUCUUGAGAUGGCAAAAGAUCAAUAUGAUGAUCUACCUUUCGAGUUCAGGGCAUUGGAACUUGCUCUGGAACUUACAUGUAUGUCUCUUGAUGCUCAGGUCAAAGAACUGGAAUUGGAGAUAUAUCCCGUGCUCGACGAAUUGGCAUCAUCCAUAAGCACUCUCAAUCUGGAGCGAGUACGUAGAUUCAAAGGGCACCUGCUCGCCUUAACUCAGCGAGUACAAAAGGUUUGCGAUGAAAUAGAGCAUCUUAUGAAUGAUGAUGGAGACAUGGCAGAGAUGUAUUUAACCGAGAAGAAAGAAAGAAGGGACAAUCUCACAAACAGUGAUUUAAGUGAUCAAAACAAUUCUCCGGAAGAUGUUAUCAAGUCUGUAUCUAAAUCUGCACCCGUUUCUCCGGUGGGUUCGUGUAGUGGAUUUCAGAAGUUGCAGAGAGCUUUUAGUAGUAUCAGUUCCAGCAAACACGGAAGCUUCUUGAGUUCAUCCAGCGGUGGAGAAAACAUCGAUCAACUCGAGAUGUUGUUGGAGGCAUACUUCGUAGUCAUAGACAACACACUCAACAAAUUACUAUCGCUUAAAGAGUAUAUCGAGGAUACCGAGGAUUUAAUCAACAUAAAGCUGGGAAAUGUUCAGAACCAAUUGAUCCAAUUCGAGUUGCUUCUUACAGCUGCUACUUUCGUGGCCACUAUUUUUGCUGUUGUGACUGCAGUCUUUGGUAUGAAUUUCGAGGAUACCGUAUUUGAAAACCCAUCGACAUUUAAUUGGGUACUGAUCGUCAGUGGAGUAUUUUGUGGGAUGCUGUAUAUGGCAUUCUUGAUCUAUUUCAGGCACAAAAAAGUCCUUCCUUUGUAGACUGUAAGUAGAAGAUAAACAUAAUUUGAAGUCGGAACUUGGUUACGAUUUAUGAACUCUCUGUGAUGAGAGAUUUCUUGUUUUAGUUGAAUACCGGAAAAGUGAAUUUCCGACAUGUUCCGAUCAUGAAAGGGCAUUUUAUCUUGUC